GGUUUGCGUAGCUCCUCUCGCUAUUGAAAGAGUUCAGAGGCGACAUCUUCAAAACCUCCUGCACAAACGCUACACUGGAACACCGUCCCAACCCACUCAGCCGCCAGACCAUGCCAGAACUACUCCUCCAGUCCGCCUUAUCGGCCUUCAAAUCCAGGCAGCUCGCGGCCGAAGCCGCCCAAAUCAAAGCCAACUGCCGCGCCCAGCAUGGGGACACUGAUUCCCUUGUCUCCUGCCCGCAGUGCUAUGAGACCCUCCUGGAGGCUCUCCGACUCCGGUAUCUCAGUGCAAGUUCUGCCAGCGCCGGGGCCAUGAACUUCUCCAAGGACCAGCAGCAGCGAUGGCAGCAGGCGCGGGAAUGGUUCACCUCCCGUCGCGCCUUUCUCUCUGCCCUCGAUCUCCUGGUCGAUUCCGCCAAGCAAUACGAGAUCUCGCCGCAGACUAUCGACGACCGUGUGCACGAGGAGCGGAGCAGGUGGUAUGCUGAUCGGGUACGCAACUCGCUCCUUAGGUUAAUGGUUGAGGAUCCCGCGCGCUGCGGGGCCGUGUUUGAGAAGCUGGAGGAUCUGUCUAUGCCGACGACGGCAGGGAGGGGUGUCGGCCCCGUGGGGCUGGCGAGAGAUGUUGCUGAAAUUCUGAGCUCAGGGCCGCUGGCGGAUGAGCAAAUAGCCGAUGACCUCCCGGAGAAGCUGGCGGCGGCGACGGAUCGGGCGGAGAGUGUGGAGGUUCUGAGGGAAGCGUUCUUCACUGCCGAGGACGGCACAGUACCGGAGGAUCAUCGCAAGUAUCUCGAUAUGCUCACGCAACAAGACAUGACGAUGGAGCAGGUGGUGGACCGGAUACUAGAGGAGAGGCAGGCAGCGGCGGGGGCAAGGGGGCAGACGGAACAGCUCAGCCAGCGGCUUGAUGAGCUACGCAGGGCGAGAGCGGCGCAUGAAGCGCAGAAGUCAAGACGAGCACAGAGGAGAGAGAGUCUUGCUCAGAUGAAGGUCCCAGACGAGCUGUACGAGCUUCCUCGCUGCGCAGUAUGCGGGGAUGUACCGAGCACGAGUGACUACUUCUGCUGCAGUAUAUGCACCAUCCUCGUGGCGGCAGGGGUGCAGGAGGAGCAGACGGUGUUCUGCUCUUCGACAUGUGAAGCAAAAGGACAUGCCUCACACACAGAGAAGCAUAUCUGCGCCUCUUUCCUCAAAUGCAUCCAAAUACAGCAAAGCGCCCAAUCAAACAUCGCAGGGGAUGGGGACAUGCACAUGGAGGAAGCCCCCCCAGCGUCUAGCGACCUCCGGUUCUGCAAAGAGUGCCUCGCCUCCCUGAAGAAGUCUGCAAUGUGGUGCAAUCUCGCCUGCGCCGAGGCCAACUUUAAGGCUCACAGCGAGGAGGUGCACAUACCAGAACGGAAUAAUCUAGCCACGGGUGUAAAUGGCAAGAACGACGACACCGGUGAUAUUCGGUUUCUCACGACCUCACUAGCUGAGGCGAUCAGGGAGUGGGAGGGGAGGAAUCGUGUAAGGUUACAAGGUUCGGUUUAAAUGACGGCCGGAAUGCAACUAUUUUCGCAUAUUGAUACCGACGGUGAUGCUGUUGGAACCUGGUGCAAACGUGCGGGCCAUGCCAUCUGCUUGAGAUA